GGGACACCAUGCAGCUUCUAUUGAACCUGCUGUGGUUGCUGCCGUUGGGGCUGACGUGCCAAGACUUCCACGACUCCUGUGCUGCAUGGGCAAAGCACGGGGAAUGCGAGCAGAACCCAGCCUAUAUGAAGGUACAAUGUGCGAUGGCGUGCAACUCCUGCGAUUGGUUCACUUCUCGUUGCCUCUCGCGCGAAUCGAUGCAGGGCAUCGCGGCAGAUGUCGCCAGUCGCGCCUUGCGGAACGCGGCUGGAGUUGCGCCUGGCGUCAGAGUUCUGGCGGAGGAUCCGUUCGUCUUGGCCUUUGACAACUUUCUCAAUUCCAAGGAGAUUGCUGCUUUCAAGCACUACUUUGCCGCUGCGUCGUUGACUCGCUCGCAAGAGGGCAACCAGGUGACUGGUCGACGGACUUCGACACAGAUGUGGUGCAAUAGCGAUGAAUGUUUAGGCGAUCGGUUGAUCGAUGGAGUGCAUCAACGCAUCAUCAACCUCACCGCUGUGCCCAAGAGCCAUGCAGAACACUUCCAACUGGUCCAAUAUGAUGUGGGGCAGUUUUAUCAAGUUCAUCAUGAUCAGAACUCAGCACCAGACACAUUGGCAGGGGUCCGACUGUCCACUUUCUUCCUGUACGUGCAGACGCCUGAGAUGGGUGGUGCAACAGUCUUUCCCGACCUGGGGAUCAAGGUGGAGCCUGUGGCCGGUUUGGCACUCUGGUGGCCCAACGUCCACGACGACCUCGGCACCGAUUUUCGCACCCGACACGAAGCGCAAACGGUGCAGCAGGGGGUGAAGUGGGUCGCGAACCUAUGGCUUCACCAAUAUGACUUUCGUGGGCCUUACAGCAAUGGUUGCGACAUGGCCAAGAAGAUCUCGGCAUCGACAGACGCAAAAUCAGAGCUGUGAGCUUCGAAGUCAGCGAACUUGUGAUGUCCAGCCGACGGAUCCGACGGCUCCGGGAACUCCCCAGCUUGGAGAAUGAAAGAGGAUGGAGGAUUAUUGAUGAGCAAAGAUUUGUUGGACAUAUCAUGUGACAUAUCCGACAUCUCCUGGAAACCUGGACACCACCAUGCCAGAUCUGUUUGCUCUGUUGCAGCCUUACAUCUGACGGGUUCGAAAUCAUCAUGACGAGAUGCUUCUGAGAAGUGCCAACGGAAACACCAAGCUUUGAAUGGCCGGUUGCUG